CUGCAAACAGGUCCAGGACCUGCUUCGAUCUGGCUCGCCACUGCGCUGUCUCAUCUCAGGCCCCCUUGCACCAGCUGCCCUCUUGCAUCAGUGCCAGCCCAAAUCGCAUCCGCACCAGCAGUCUCUCCGUUUCGGUCUAAAGGAAUGCUCGGAGGAAUGUCUUUCGAACACGCCGUGCUUGCCAAUUUGACCCAGUGUCUUGCCCACGACCAUGACGUCCGCCUCGCCGCCGAAACAAGCCAGCUGGAGCUAGAGAAGAACCCAGAGUAUCCCAAGGUUAUCGUCAAGGUCAUCUUGGGUGCCGAUCUGGGAUUCCCAGAACGUCAGCUCGCAGCAUUUACCUUGAAAAAGUACAUCGACCGGCACUGGUCCACCGAGAGUGAGACCUUCUCGGAAUUCGAGACUUCCACUGAGACCAAGGAGUUCAUUCGCACCAAUCUCUUGAAUGGUCUCGGACUUGACAUCAGCCGACUCCGAGUUGCUACAGCCUACUGCAUCUCCACGAUCGCGUCCUAUGACUGGCCCGACGCUUGGCCAACACUCUUUGACUCGCUGAUUGCGGGUAUGAAAAGCGGCAAUCCGCAUCUUGUGCAUGGUACCAUGCGAGUGCUCGACGAGUUUGUCCGCGAGGAGCUCUCCGAGCAGCAGAUCCCGUUUAUCGUGCCCGUGCUUCUUCCGGAGCUCUACACGGUAUUCUGUCAAGACCAGGUCUACGAGCCCAGCAUCCGGGCCCGUGUGGUCUCGAUCCUGCACGACUUUAUCCAAAACCUGGAAACAGUCAAGGACGAGUAUCCUGAGGCAAUCGCUGCCUACCUGACCCCGAUGCUGCCUGUCUGGAUCGAAGUCUUUCGAGCGUCGCUGGCAGAGACCCAAGUCGGCGCCGAGACCCUCUGGAUCAGGAAUGAGAUCUUCAAGACUCUCAAAGUGCUUGUGCGGGGCUUUGACAAGAUCAUGAGGCCCUACCUGCCCCAGCUGCUGGAAGGCGUGUGGACACAGCUGGUUGCGCUCAGAGCCGAAUACGUCGAGACGGUUGUGCAAGGCGAGGCCGUCUCGGAAGCCAUGGAUUCGGAUGGCGAAGUCAUUUCGACCUCGUCGCUCGUCUGCGGCCUCUUUGACCUCAUCCAGCAGUGCGUUCCAAAGCGCUCUGUUGUGGCGGUGUUCAGGGCGAACGUCCCCGCAGGCUCCGCGGCCGCCCCAAGCGAGUUUCUGUGCCGCCUACUCGAAGUGGCGCUCUCUUAUCUCCAGAUCACCAAUGAUCAGAUCGAAACGUGGGAAUCCGACACGAGCCUCUUUAUCCAGGAAGAAGAGGACGAAGGUUUCGCUUACAAUCCCCGCAUUGCUGUUCAAGAGCUUGUUCAUGAAUUGCUGGCCCAUUACCGACUCGAGACUCUGAUUGCCCUCGGUGGUGCAGUCCGCAGCGGACUGGUUCACUCUGCAGAAAUCAAAUCAGCCAGCAACCCCAUCUGGUGGAGGCUCACUGAGGCAUGCCUGCUCAUCUUUGGUCGGGCCGCGGACGAUGUCCAAGAUGCAAUCCUCGCCGGAGAAUUCACCUACGAUCUCAAGGGUCUCUUUGAUCACAUUGUUCUGGAGAGCCUGCGAGCCAACGAUUCUCCCUUCCUGCAGGGUCGCGCCCUUUGGUUCUCUGCACAGUUUUCGUCCCAGCUGCCUCCGGAACUCUUGAAUCUCUAUGUCACCGCAGCUGUGGACUCGCUCAAGUCGCCCAAUUUCUGUGUGCGAGUCUCGGGCCUCCGAGCCCUUCGUCAAUUCUGCGACGAGUGCAGCCGCGAGCUUCUCUAUCCCCAUGUGUCUGUCAUCAUCGAGCAGACUAUCCCCAUGGCUCAGGGUGGAAGCGAGUACACGGUGUGCCUUGUCCUUGAUACCCUCACGGUUGCAGUCAAGAUCAACGAGGCCGUGACGGCAGAAAAGGGCGUAGCCAUCUGCAACCUGAUCUCGUCUGUCUGGACGCUCCAUACCAAUGAUCCCAUGAUGACCACGACGGUGCAGGAUCUGUUCGAGUGCCUUGCGUCCAACAAACUGCUCCACCCACAGCUUGAAAAGACUCUCCUGCCUGUGCUUCACACAGCUUUGCUCAGCAGCGAGCUAGAGUCCGGUGUGGUUGCGGCCGCUCUGGAAAUGGUCGAGAUUCUGCUCAAGCAGGCCCCCGUGCCCAUUGCCCCUGCUUAUGUUCAGCAAGUGUUCCCUCACGUCAUGCAUCUGCUGCUCGUGACCGAGGACCACACCAUUAUGCAGGUUGGGCAAGAGCUCCUCAAGGUUCUCGUUAGCAAAGACACACACGGUGUCGCUCAUUGGUCAGAUGGCACCAAGUCGGGCCUCGAUUAUAUCAUGCAAUUUAUUGCGAAGCUGUUGCACCCCACACAGGCCGAGACGGCCGCGGUGUUUGUUGGUGACCUCAUCAGCAAGCUGAUCCUCAAGGCUGGAGCCGAGCUCGCAUCUGUGUUGCCUGAGCUGUUGAAGGCAGUUGCCCAGCGUCUCGCGACGGCUCAGACGCCAACAUUCAUCCAGUCCCUUGUGAUCGUGUUUGCCCAUUUGAUCCAGUCCCAGCUGGAGAAAGUGGUCGAAUUCCUGGACGGACUGCUUGUUGGUGGCCAAAAGGGUCUUGCGAUCCUUCUGAAGACUUGGUGUGAGCACUAUGACUCCUUCCAGGGAUCGUAUGCACUCAAAGUCAGCGCCACGAGUUUGACCAAGCUCUUUGAGUCGAGCGACCCUCGUAUCCAGAGCAUCGCGGUGCGUGGCGACCUCGUUGCCACCACCUCAGGCAUCAAGACAAGAUCUCAGGCAAAGAAAGCUCCGGAGGUCUACACCUCAGUUCCUUUCCCAGCCAAGGUCAUCAAGCUUAUGCUGCACGAUCUGAUCAACAUGCGAGACAUCAACGCUCAGGACGACAAAGUCGCUUCGGCUUUCUUGAACGGAGACGGGUUUACGGAUGACGAAGACGACGACGACGAAUAUGGCGACUCCUCUUUGGGCAGCAUCGAGAAGCGCUGCCAUCUUGUCGAUCUCGCUAUGGAUGACAGUGCCAUUGAGGAUGAAGCCGACGACGACAUUGCCAAAGAUCCGGUCUUUCUUGUGAACUUGGAGGAUCACAUUCUUCGAUUCUUCAAGAGUGCCUACCAGCAGAACACGAACAACUUCCGAUGGCUGUGCGAGCAAUACUUGAGCGAAGCUGAGAAGCAGCAACUCACGGCUCUGAUCCAGUGAGGCUGCUUAGUGGCAUGCAUUGGCUCGGCUUGUGUUAUCGCUCCUGGGACUUGCGAAUAGCCAGCGACCCGAGCCACCGUCCACACACCAAUGGGCGUAAUACAUCCCGCCAGCUUUCAGACA